CCCAGUGGAUGAAGCUAGAACAACUGAAAGAUGUUAAAAGUACCCAAAAGGAUAAUGUAAGAAAAAGGUUAAACUUUGACAUUGUACAGUGUAUUACAAGCAAAGACAUGGUGGGAAGAAAGUGAAAAUUGUGGUGGGGUCUGCAGAUUUUGAUUGUAUAAAUAAAUUCCAUUGAAGACGAUUAUCAUCCACCGUUGUCAACACUUCUUCACCUUCCAAUUUCUCCUUUUUACAUCCCCCAAAAUUUCCUGAUUUGCUAGGGCUCUAACUUCUGAGCUGAUCCAAUCUAUCCUUUUUACAGAGCUCCUGUAGAAAUCCUGUAAUAGUUUGCAAAGUCUAACAAUUCUAAUAGACAUCACAGGGUUCCACGUCCAAAAUGGGUCUUUCAACAUAUUCCAGUGCAGCUGAUGCGGGUGUGCUCUGUGUAAUUCUGGCAAACACAGCCAUAUCCAUUUCAAUUAUGAAGGAGAUUGUUCGGUCUCUUCUUCUUGUCAUUGGCAUCCGCAUUGCUUCAUGGGAAGAAUUCUCCAUGGAGCAUUUAGACUCAGUUCAAUGUCACAAAAGUCCGUCAGAAUCGUACAUGGAGGAGUUCCGUAGCCGAACACCAGCGAUACGCUAUGACUCAAUAUUCACAUUUGACUGUCCCCAACAAGAGUGCUCAGUCUGCUUGGCUGAAUUCAAGCCAAAUGCAGAGGUUAACCAACUGUCUUGCGGUCAUGUUUUCCACAAGUCUUGUCUUGAGAAGUGGUUGAACUAUUGGAACAUCACGUGCCCUCUUUGUAGAAAUAACAUGGUUCCUCAAGAAGAAGUCGAAGAAGAUGCCUGUCCAAUGUGAGUCCUUACUGAUCACUUGCUAAGUCCUGGUUUUCUGCAUAGUUUGUACAGAAUAUCUAUAAGAUUGUGUGCAUCGGCUUAUGCGAUUUGAUGCUUUUGUUUCGCUGUUCUGUUUGCGUCCUCUUGUAGUGACGGGUCCUUGUUGACCAAUAUAUCUGUUGUAAAUACUUUGAAAAGCUUCUGAUAUCCAUGUACCUGAGAUUUUAGUCGAGUUCAGGCUUUAUGAAAAUCACCCUCUGUCCGUUGUAAUUGAGAUGUGCAACUUCUUUGUUUCA